CUUCACCAAAACACACGAGUCACGACAAUGAAGCUACGGUUGAGACGCCACGAGACCCGAGAAACCCUAAAACUCGAAUUACCCGAUUCCACCACUCUCCACGACCUCCGUCAACGCCUCAACGAACCAUCCCCUUCCUCCGUUCACCUAUCCCUUAACCGCAAAGACGAGCUCAUAUCUCUUUCCCCCGACGACACGCUCCGAUCUCUCGGCGUAACUUCCGGUGACCUAAUCUACUACUCUCUCGCUCCCUCCGCCUUCGUUACUUCCGUCGAGGAGAUCGCCUCCUCCUCAGAGGCACCACAUCAAACCCUAGCUCCGAUUAGCCACGUGAAAUCGGGGGAAUCAGAGAAGAAUCAGACGAAUAAUCAAGAUUCGAUGGGGAUUGGAUUCGCCGCGACCGAUGUUGAUAUGAAUAUCCAAGAUCCGAAUCCGGUAGUUGAUCCAGAGCAAGGUUCAGACCCGAUGGAUGUUGAGGAGCUUGAUGUGGAGAUCGCUGCCGCGGGAAGCAAACGGUUAACCGAACCGUUUUUCUUGAAAAAGAUACUACUCGAGAAAUCCGGCGAUACCAGCGAGUUGACUACGUUAGCUAUAUCUGUUCAUGCCGUAAUGUUGGAAUCUGGAUUUAUUCUGUUAAAUCCUGAUAACAAGUUUAGCUUCUCAAAGGAGUUACUCACUGUAUCCCUUAACUACACUCUCCCUGAGUUAACCACCCGCGACGACGACGGGAAGAUAGUUGAGUCUGUGACUGUUAGGUUCCAGAGCUUAAGCGAUAAGGUUGUGGUUUACGGGUCUUUAAGCGGGAAGCUGCUGAGAGUUUAUCUCGAUAAGCGUAGGUUUGUUCCCGUUAUUGAUUUGGUGAUGGAUACUUUGAAGUGUGAUAAAGACGGGUGUUCGAGUGUCUACAAGGAGAUGUUCAUGUUCUGGAGGAUGGUGAAAGAUUCUCUUGUCAUCCCUCUGUUGAUUGGUCUUUGCGAUAAGUCUGGUUUGGAGCUUCCUCCCUGCUUGAUGCGUUUACCCACAGAGCUGAAGCUGAAGAUACUGGAGUCUCUCCCCGGGGAGAGCGUCGCGAAGAUGGGUUUCGUUUGUACGGAGAUUCGGUACCUGGCGUGUGAUAAUGACUUGUGGAAGCAGAAGUGUUUGGAGGAGGCUAAGCAUCUUGUUGUGGAUGGGGGUGGUGGUGAGGUUAAUUGGAAGGCGAAGUUUGCUGCGUUUUGGAGGCAAUACAAACGGCAGGCUGCCUCCUCGUCGUCUAGGCGGACGUCAAGGAUCAUGCGUAGAAACCGUUUUCCUUUUCCUCUCGUUCCGGACCCUGACCCUUUCGGAUGGGUUAAUGGGGGUCGUCGUGGUGGUGGACCGUUCUUUAUGCAGAACCCUGGACAACCGGCAGGAGGACUUGGGGGACGAAGAUUGGGACUUGGUUUUGGUCCCAGAUGCAAUCUUGGAGGAAACAACUUGCUACUAGAUGGUGAGUGAUCAUAUGGCUUUCGGCAUCAUAUAACAACUUGUUUAUAUGUUUUUUUUCUAUCAAUAUUUGUUUUGUUUUGGAUGUUUUUCUCUUGUUUCUUGUCAAGCUUAUGCAACCUUUUAUAUAUGUAGUAAUAAAAUUGCAUCAUAUAAUUUGCUAUUUACUCUUAGUUCACAGAUGUCUUGAUUCACUAAUGUUCUAGCUCAUUUUUGGGAUGCAUGUAGAUUUUUUUUUUUACUUGUUUGAGAACCUAUAGCCGUGUCUUUUGUUAGC